GCCUCCCAGCCAUGCUGUUUAUUCACAAGUAGGUGUGCAUGUCUCUGUACACAAGUUAUGUCAAUGCCAGGUCCACUCAACAGAAGUUAGAAGAAAGCUGGAAUGACUUCUCCCUGUAUGCUCUUGCUACUUCUGCCACCUUCAUUUACCUUUAAAUUCAAGUGGGCACCUUGUUCUUUUAAGGCAGUUUGUUUCCCAGCCAACAUUUUGGUUUUCAUGAUGGUGAAGAGGCAGCAAAGAUGCAGUGUUGCUUCCAGAUGUGUCCUCUGAGCUUAGUGUGAGUGUCUAUUCUUAGGCUUCCCAGCUGCAUGGGGAGGUGGGGGUUUGAGAGGAUUCCCAUCUGUAAUGGCCUGUGUCUCUCUGUGGCUUGCAGAAUGGUUCCUGCUGGUCCCUUCCCUAGUGUUAAAGCCAUGGCCUAGAGCUCAUGUUUCACACCAGUUGUCCUCAGUGGGGUGGUGCAGAAGACUUCACAGGAUGCUCCUGUAGCCUCCUCCCCAGUGAGAAAUCUGCUCCCUCUAGAGUGUGAGAUGCUGCAAGUGAAUGUCAGAAAUUUAAAUGUAAAUGUUUUCAGUCCUUUUUCUGCAUUUUUGAGAUCUUGCACUUCAAGAUUUCCUCUUGCAUCUGGUGAGGGAAUAUUGUUACUUUUUCAUAUAGAACUGUUGUUUUAUGGGGUUUUUUUACCCUCCAUUUCUUUCCUUCCUCUUUCCACAAAUGCUGCCAUUCAUGUGGGGCCCAUUUCGUUGUCUACAGGCAGGGUUGCAGGGUUCUUAGGGCACUUUUGUUCUGAAAAUUGAACUAAAUUUCCUGGAGCCUAUAGCAGUGGCCUGGUUUGUUGUGCUCUUGGCCAAAUCUGGGGUUAAGUGCUGACUUGAAAUGCAGCAACACUGCUGGGGGAAGGGGAAAAUGGAUCUCUUGGUUCUCCCAUUCUCAGCUACGUGUGUUUGGAUGGUUUAUGUUUAGGAGCACUGGAAUGACUCCCCGUCGGGCACCCAGGUUCUAAGUGUAGCAAGCCCCUGGAGAUCUUGACCUCCCCUUUAGGCACAAAUUUGUGCAGAUAAUCACUCCUGGUGAUUUUCUGUUUGUUCUCUUCCAGAGAAGGUGACUCGAACUGAGGCUUCAUAAUGGAACCGACGGACAACCAGAACAGCAACUAUAGCUGGAACAACAGCAGAGAAUUGUUCCGUGUUCUGGAGCAAGAGAGGCAGAAGAGGAAGGUAGCUCCAGAGAAGGCUCCCCUCUUUCCCAGUCCCUACAAGACCAAUAAAGAAGAUGAUCUGUCAAGGCGCAUUAAGAAAUUGCUGGGCGAGUGGGACCCCAAGGUGUCCCUGAGAUAUGAGUCCCCUCUGAAUCCCAUAUGGAUUCCAAGAAAGCCCAAACCCAGGUCCCGGGCCCCUAGUCGCAGGCCAGCCUCCAGUAAGACAAAUCCAUAUGAGGACAUAUGGAGAGAACCCUCACCAGAAUCACUGGGCAUCAGACUUUUCCCUGAGCAGAACUACAAUGACAGCAAUGAAGGUCUCUCAAAUCGGAGGUCAGAAGCCAAAGCUCCACAAUCCAAAAUUCUUCCUGAGCUUGUCAAGAAAAAGAAGCCCAUUGAUGUGUCAUCCACUGAAAAAACUUUGAAGGUCGUGGAAAAGACAACUUCUUCACUUGGUCCUCCAAGAGUUUUCCAGUCCCAGCACAAGAAGGUGGCACCAGCACAGCCCAGCAACUCGGAGCCAGGGAGCACCAGGGACUGCCACAACCCCUCAGUGUCUGCAUUUCCAAGAGCACCAGCACCUAAGCCCACUGUGGACACUGAUGUGCCGUUCAUUGAAGGAAUAUUGAAGGAAAUGAGCACCCCCAUGUCACCUCUCCUGCUAACCCUUCAGUCACCUGUGAGAACAGAGACUUACAAAUUUCCAUUGCAGGCAAAGACAAAGAAGCCUUCUGAUGUGCCAUUGACUGGAGAAAUUUUGAAGGAAAAGAGCAGCUCACUGCCAUCUCUCCUGUCACGUGUCCAGACGCCUACAAGAGCAGAGACUUCCCAACUUCCAGUGGCAACAAAGAAAUCCCACCCUGACGGAUCUGCAGCACAGAAGCAGAAGCAGGCUAGCACAGCUUCAGAAACAUUGCCAAGUUCUCAGCCAAGAACAUCAGUUUUCCAGUCCCAGCACAAGAAGGUGGCACCAGCACAGCCCAGCAACUCGGAGCCAGGGAGCACCAGGGACUGCCACAGCCCCUCAGUGUGGGACAUAGACCUCAGCUCCAGUGACAGUGAGGAGAGCCUUCCAAGGGUGCUGGACCUGCCAGCACGUCAGCCUGGGCCAUCAACUGCUAAAAAGUGGUGCCUUGACAACCUGGUGACCCAGACAAAGCAAGGAGCAGUGCCAAGAGAGGGUGUCAGGGAAAUUGCCCGUGGGAAUGGACAUGAGGAGGGUGUGAAGCAGAAGCAGGGCAUCAGCAGCAGUUCCUGCCAGCAGCACUCCAAGGCAAGGGAGCCUCCUCACAAGAGCUUUGGCCAAAAGGAUUUCCACAAGACCUGUGCCCAAGGGGCCAAGGACACUCACAAGAUCUCUGGCCCAAUGACCAAGCAUUUUCAGAAGACCUCUGGCCAAGUGGCUAAGGCUCCUCAGAAAUCUCAUGUUAUGAGCACACAGAGCUCUCUGAAGCCUCCUGUGCACACCAAGGAGCCAUUGCGGGUAUCAAAGAUUGUGGGUGUCAAAAGGCCCAGUGAGCCCCUGGUGGAUGACAAAUCCAGGAAAAUCCGGAAGCUGGAGAAUAAGCCUGGUCCUUUGGAGGUCAGAGACCACUCCUCCAAAGACAAGCUGAAAGUCCAAGAAGCAGAGAACCCAAAACCUGCUUUCAGAAGUGGCCUGAAGCUGGGAGUGCAAAAACACUUUGAGAAGAGGAAGCACCAGGACCCUGACAAGAGCUGUGCCCCCGUGCCCAAGGCUCCUGGCCAGAGUUGGGGCCAAGUGGCCAAGGCUCGACAUGAAUCUGAUGUUAGGUCCAAACCCAGCUUUCUGAAGCCUCCUGUGCGCACCAAGGAGGCCUUGCUCAGGAAUACUCUGGGUAUCAAAAGGCCUGGUAUGUCCUGGGUACACAAUGAGUCUAAGAGAGUCUGGGAGGCAGAGAGGAAGCCUGGUCUUUUGCAGGCCACAGACCAGUCUUGCAAGGACCAGCCCAAAGUCAAGAAAACAAUGAAGCCAAAAGCCACCAACAAAGAAGACCUGAAGCUGAUACUUCAGAAGCUCUCUGAGAAGAGAAAGGACAGGGGCUCUCACCAAGCCAACGCCAAAGGCUUUUUGGAGCCCAAGCUCCAGAGACAUGCUCAGGAAUGUGAUGCCCCCAUCCCCAGUGGCCACAGGCCCAAGGAUUUGCACAAGAAGAAAGUGCCCUGGCCUCCUGGGGACAAGAGGUUCUCGCCUGCAAGGGAGGCAGGCUUGAAGAGGAAAGCCAUGAUGAGUCCUGAGGAGUUCCCUGGAAAGAAGAAGAGGGAAGACAAGGGAGACACUCCCAGGAAGAAAAAGGAAUAAGACAAAAUAAUUUCAGCUUUCAGCAAACAAAGGCUCCAAUAAACUGAAAGCAUCAGAAGAUUCAUUCCAAACUGAGAGGAAAAAGGCACUGCUGCCACCACUGCCGGCCAUGACUUAUGCACAACGUGCACCAAAUGAGUUUGACCCAAAUGAGACAAUGACACAAAAGAGACCCAGAACUGAGACGGACGACCUAGACCUGCCUGACGUGGAUAACUCUGCCAGAAACGAGGAUCCUUUGUUUGCCAGCACAGGAAAGUGGAGGAAGACCACAAGGAGGAAUCCCAGGGCAUCAACAUCGGUAUGCAGGAGAGCUGGUGGGAGUAUUCCUGCAACCCUCACAUGCUGUGUGGUUCACUUCAGAAACAUCCUCUCAGAUGAGUGACCAUCUCUGACUGUAGGCAACUGCAGAUAAAAUGAGUGUAUUUAUAAAAAGGAGCAUGUUUAUAAAAAGAAAUUGUGGUUUACUUAAAAAUAACCUGUGGGUGUGACCGCAACCUGGGCCUAAAGUUUUAUAUCAUGCGGACAAAAUUGUUGCAUUUAUGGGUUAAAAAAUUAGAUUUUACUGGCUCUUUAUACAAAUUUGGCUGUUUACUGAUGGCUCAGGCUAUAGGGUCUAGGAUGUUUGGGCAGGGGAGCAAGGGCUGAGUGUCAGGCUGCACACUAUUAUGAGUGUUAGGCCACACCAUGUGCAGUGUAUUAGCUGCCUUCUAAUUACUUGCUUUUUCCCAAUAAUUUUCCUGCUUCCAGCGCUCACUGUGCUCCCAGCCAUUGAGCAAGGAAACAUGCUGUUGAAUUUCUCCGUGCUUGGGAAAAGUUUAUUGGUACAAAGCACUGUGAGCUGCCAGGGAUCAGCAGGGGAUGAGAAGAAUCUUCUUCCAGUGAUUUCUCUGCCACAUGAAGACAAGACAAGAAGACCUGAAGUUAGAACAAGUUUUCUGCUGAACAAAGCCAAGUGAUAUGACCAAGAGCUGGCCUGACCUCAUACACGGAAUGAGACAGAAUUUACAGUGACCCAGACUGGAACCAAGUGCCUUGAUUGGUCUCCAGGAUGUAAAUAGUUCCAAGUUCUCCGUUCCAUUGAAAGCUUACAAAGAGUUUUGUUUUGGUUUUAUUUAUUGUUCAAUGCAAAGCACCUGCAUUGUUUUGUUUUAAAUACAGUUGUAAGUUCUUUUGGUUACUUUUGGAAAGCGUGUGGUUUUUGAAGGUAAUGCUUUUCUAGCUUGCAAAAGAAGGGAUGAGAUGUGAUACUUGCCUAUGAAAUGACCUAGUGCAAUGAAUUGUUGGAAUGGGCCCAUGUCGUGGUGCUCUAUAAAUGUCUCUAUUAUGAAUAACUAACAGGACCAUUGUCACACCUAUUGCUGCCAAGGAAAUCUGCACUCAGACUGUGUUACUAAGGGUCUUGCUCAGUUUCAGCCUCGUCAGACCCAAGUUUGGGUGGCACAAUGACACCUGAAGUGUGGCUGGAAACAGCUCUGUCUGUCCCCUGUGCUGGAGGGAUACGACUGAGGGGGGGGAUUCCUCCCUGGGCUGCUUUUUGGCAUUUGGGUUGGUGGAGAUACAAAACUGCAACGGGUCCUUGGGAUUGCUUGGACAUUGUUGGGAGUCUGAGAGGCUCCAGGGAAAGGAAUCUCUUCUGACAGAGGAGGAAAGAAAUGGCUGAAUGGGGAACAUAAAAGUCAUAUUUUUAUUUGGAUAUUUGCCUGCAAGCACUGGUGGUCUCAGUGAGUGUCCAAGAGCAGAAUUUGGUACCAAAGUAGGGUGUCCUUCCUGUGGGAGAGGACUCAGCCACACCCUUGGAUAGGCCCAGUGCCUUAGAAACCUGCCAAGGGAAUCCAAAAGGGAAAAAUGAGCUGUUUGCAAGCACUUCUCCCUUGCCAUGCUAACAGUGGAGGCAACAUCCACAGCACCAGUGUGUUCAGUUCACACCCUUCUCUACCCAAAGAUUUCCUGGGAAUUAUUCUUGCAGUAUGGCUCAAGGAGCUAUUUUGUCAGAGAAAUCACACUUCUGUGAAAAAAAAAGAAAAGCCCAAAACCCUUUCAGUUGACUUUGAUGGGCUUUGGAUCAAUGUUAUUUAUCCAAGAUAUUUAGAAUCAAGUUCAAAAACUGUUAAACAAGAAAUUUUACUUGCAUAAGUAGUUUCAUUGUGCCUCAAACACAGAUGAGGAUGUUCCUUUUUACAGUCAUAUUCCCCCAUCUACCUGCUCAAGUCACAGUAUCGCAACAUGAAUGCAAAUUACUGGUAAUGGUCAUAAGACAGUCAAUAAAACACAGAUGCUUGAUAUCAGUGAGAGAUUCUGGAAUCUUGAUUUAUCACCUGCUAGUCCAGUGUGUUGACACUCUUGUCUACCCAAAGAUUUCCUGGUGUGUGACAGCAGCAUCCUGCCAUCCUCACACCCAGUGGUGUGUCUGCCUUAGCCCUCUGCUGCUGUCACAUGCCUUCCCCAUCUCUGACACACCUGUGCCAAUGUGGAGGGAAGGAUUGUAUCCCCAAAUAAUUGUGAUUACAAGAAAGAAUUAUCUCCACGUCAUUUUAUGAUGUAGGAACAGGUCAGCACAGAUUUAGCAGUACCCCCUUUGUAAAAUGCCUGUUUGUGGGUUUGAGGCUCAAGAAAAUGAACAAUAAAUACCAGCAAAAUGCCCACCUUUCCAAAAGGGGUUUCUGCAGAAAUGCUCCUGCCUGGAGUCAUUCUGCCUUCUGGCCCUGCAGGACCACCGGGAUUAAGGCUGGAUCUUUCUGCAUCUUCAAGGGAUUGGCCUUUUAUGUUCACUCUAUUAAAAUUCUUAUCACUUCAGGGAUAAACUGCUCUAAUGGGAGGAAGGCAGGUCCAUAUUCCUCCUCCCCAUUUUACCUAUCAAACCUUAUUUACUCCUCGUCCCUGGAGUUGUCCCUGCCCAUAGCAGGGGGGUUGGAAUGAAACCAUCUUUAAUGUCCCUUUCAACCCAUGCCAUUCUAUGAUUCUAUGAAAUAACAGAAAAUUUUAAAAAAUCCAUUGUAUUUCAACCUUGAGCCAGGUCAGGGCCUGCAAUAGGUUAGGAAAGAUGCUCAUUGUUUUCACUUGGGGCUACUCUAGGACAUGAACAAGAUGACUGUUUGUUCUGGUUUGAAAGCAAAACCAGUAAGAGACUCCAAGUCAGAAACACAAUUUAUUAUAAAAAGGGAAAAAAACCCAAAAUACAUGUAAUAAUGCAAAAGAAAAACCACUGACACAGGCAGAAUACAACCUGACACCCUGCUAGUCAGGGUGGUGGUAGCAGGCCAGAUGAAGUGGUGAUCCCAUAGAAAAGAUCUGGUAGCUCAUGUCCUCUGGAAACCAGUGGGUGUUUGUUCUUUCCUCUGCAUGGGCACAGCCGACAAAAUUACAAACACUUCUCUUUUUAAUUUAAUUAGAAUAAAAAGGGUGAAAUGUAGCCAUGAUAUUUUCUGAAAAAUCCUCUCCUUAG